CAGACGCGUGUACAUUAUUUUUUUUUAAAAACUUUUGGAAAUUGUAUUUGUUUCGUCAAACCUGAAGAAAAAGUCGUCGAAAUAUGUGGGAUCUUGACAGGUGACUGACAAUCGUUGGUGGACGGCCAACUUUGUUGUGAUCCAUUCCCUGGUGGCCUGAGGUGUGUGGCUGACAAGUGAAGCAGAGAUCCAACAAUGGGCGGGGUUGACUCGGGACAUGGCAGGGGGUGUUGGAGGUUGCUGCUCCUUUUGGUCGUUGUGACCAAUUUCUGGAGGAUCUCAUAUUCCCAAGUUACAACGACUGGAACAAAUGCUUUCACUGACAGUGGAGUUACAACACAAAAUGAAGCAACAACUGUAACAAGGACAACUGUUUUACUGACACCUGAUACAUCCAGUGAUGUUGUUACUACUGACACCGGACUUACAACAAAAAAUGAUGCAACAACUGAAGCAAGGACAACUGCAGUGCCAACACCUGAUACAACAUCAGGUGCUGGCACAACUAGAAACAUUGAAAUCACAACACAAAAUGCAGCAACUAAUGCAGUAAGAACAACUGCGGUGCCAACACCUGAUGCAACUGGUUCUGUCAUGACAACUGACAAAGGAGUUACAACACAAAAUGAAGCAACAACUGCAGCAAAAACAACUGCAGUGCCAACACCUGAUGCAUCAACAAGUGCUGCCAUUACAACUGACAAAGGAGUUACAACACAAAGUGAUGCAACAACUGCAGCAAGAACAACUGCAGUGCCAACACCUGAUACAACAUCAAUUGCCGGCACAACUAGAAACAUUGAUAUCACAACACAAACUGUAGCUACUACUGCAGCAAGAACAACUGCAGUGCCAACACCUGAUACAACAUCAAGUGCUGGUGCUACAAGAAACAUUGGAACUACAACACAACUUGAUGCAACAACUGAAGCAAGGACAACGGUAGUGCCAACACCUGAUUUAACUUCAAGUGCAGGCACAACUAGAAACAUUGAAAUCACAACACAAAAUGAUGCAACAACUGCAGUGUCACCAUAUGGAACAACAAGUGCUGUUGUUACAACCGACAAAGGAGUAACAACACAAAAUGAUGCAACAACUGCAGCAAGAACAACUGCAGUGCCCACACCUGAUGCAACAAGUGCUGUCAUUACAACUGACAAAGGAGUCACUACACAAAAUGAAGCAACAACUGCAGCAAAAACAACUGCAGUGCCAACACCUGAUGCAUCAACAAGUGCUGCCAUUACAACUGACAAAGGAGUUACAACACAAAAUGAUGCAACAAGUGCAGCAAGAAUAACUGCAGUGCCAACACCUGAUACAACAUCAAUUGCCAGCACAACUAGAAACAUUGAAAUCACAACACAAAAUGUAGCAACUACUGCAGCAAGAACAACUGCAGUGCCAACACCAGAAACAACAUCAAGUGCUGGUGCUACAAGGAACAUUGGAACUACAACACAAACUGAUGCAACAACUGAAGCUAGGACAACUGUAGUGCCACCACCUGAUUCAACUUCAAGUGCAGGCACAACUAGAAACAUUGAAAUCACAACACAAAAUGAUGCAACAACUGCAGUGUCAACACCAUAUAGAACAAGUGCUGUGGUUACAACCGACAAAGGAGUAACAACACAAAAUGAUGCAACAACUGCAGUAAGAACAACGGCAGUGCCAACACCUGAUGCAACAAGUGUUGUCAUUACAACUGACAAAAGAGUUACUACACAAAAUGAUGCAACAACUGCAGUGCUAAUGCCUGCUACAACAACAAGUGCUGUCAUUACAACCGACAAAGGAGUAACAACACAAAAUGGUGCUACAACUGCCAUGCCAACACCUGAUACAACAUCAAGUGAUGGUGCUGCUACAAGUAAAAUUGGAGCUACAACACAACUUGAAGCAUCAACUGCAGCAAGGACAACUGCAGUGCCAACACCUGAUACAACAUCAAGUGCUGGCACAACUACAAACAUUGAAAUCACAACACAGAAUGAUGGAGCAACUGCAGUACCAACACCUGAUGCAAUAAGCAUUGUCAGUACUGCAGCAACUGCAGCGAGAACAACUGCAGUGCAAACACCCGAUGCAACAAGUGCUGCCAUUACAACUGUCAAAGGAGUUACAACACAAAAUGAUGCAACAACUGCAGCAAGAACAACUGCAGUGCCAACACCUGAUACAACAAGUGCUGGUGCUACAAGGAACUUUGGAGCUACAACACAAAUUGAUCAAACAACUGCAGCAAGGACAACUGCAGUGCCAACACCUGAUACAACAUCAAGUGCUGGCACAACUAGAUAUAUUGAAAUCACAACACAAAAUGAUGAAACAACUGCAGUACCGACACCUGAUGCAACAAGCAUUGUCAGUACAACGGUCAAAGGAGUCACAACACAAAAUGAUGCCACAGCUGCAGCAAGAACAACUGCAGUGCCAACACCUGAUGCAACUUCAAGUGAUAGUGCUACAAGUAACAUUGAAGUUACAACACAAAAUGAAGCAACAACUACAGCAAGGACAACUGCAGUGCCGACACCUGAUGUAACAUCAAAUGUUGGCAUUACAACAAAUAUUAGACUUACAACUCAAACUGAAGCAGCAACUGCAGCAAAGACAACUGCAUUGCUAACGCCUGAUGAUACAACGUCAAGCGGUGUCUUUACUUCUGACAUAGGAAUUACUACGCCAAAUGAUGCAGCUACUACCGCAAGGACAACUGCAGUGCAAACACCUGAUUCAACAUCCAGUGCUGCCACUACUUCUUACAUUGGAGUUACAACACAGAAUGAUGUAAGUACUGCAGCAAAGACAACUGCAGGGCAAAUACCUGAUACAACAUCAAGUGCUAUCAUGAUAACUGAUAUUGGAGCUGCAACAACAGGAUUGACUACUGUAAUAGGAAUAUCAACAGGUAAACUGACAACUGCAGCAGAUGGAACAGUAACUUUAGGUGGUGGAACUACAGCAGCACUGAUAACUACUGGAGGAAUGCAGACAGGAGAUAUAACUGUGGAAAGUGGAACAAUAACUGCGGUUGAUGGAACUACAGCACAAGACUUAACAGCAACCGCAGUUGAUGGAUCUACAGCAGGACUGAAAACAACUGAAGAACCAACAGGUGACAUAACAACUACUGAAGAUGGAACAACAACUGCACUUGAUGGAACUACAGCAGGACAGAUAACUAAUUUACAAACAUUAACAGGUGACAUGACAACUGCAGAAGAGGUAACAGCAACUGCAGCUGAUGAGACUACAGUAGGACUGAUAACUACUGUAGGAGCAUCAACAGGUGACAUAACAACGGCAGAAGAUGGAACAGCAACUCCAGUUGAUGGCACUACAGUAAGACAGAUAACUACUGUGGGAACACAAACAGGUGAUAUAACAACGGCAGAAGAUGGAACAGCAACAGGUGAUAUAACAACGGCAGAAGAUGGAACAGCAACUGUGAUUGAUGGAUCUACAGCAGGACAGACAACUACUGUGGUAAUACAAACAGGUGACAUAACAACUGCAGAAGAUGGAACAGCAACUCCAGUUGAUGGGACUACAGUAGGACUGAUAAGUACUGUAGGAACACAAACCGGUGACAUAACGACAGCAGAAGAUGGGACAGCAACUGCAGUUUAUGAAACUACAGCACAAGACUUAACAGCAAACACAGUUGCUGGAUCUACAGCAGGACUGAAAACAACUGAAGAACCAACAGGUGACAUAACAACUGCCGAAGAUAGCACAGCAACUGCAGUUUAUGAAACUACAGCAGGACUGUUAACUACUGUAACAACACCAACAAGUGACACAACUGCUGAAUAUGGAACACAAACUGCAGUUGAUGGAACUACAUUAGGACGGAUAACUACUGUAGAACAACAAACAGGUGAAAUAACGACUGCAGAAGAUGGAACAGCAACUGUCGUUGAUGGAUCUACAGCAGAACAGAUAACUUCUUUAGGAACACAAACAGGUGACAUUACUACUGCAGAAGAGGGAACAGCAACUGCAGUUGAUGGAUCUACAGUAGGACAGAUAACUACUGUAGGAACACAAACAGGUGACAUAACUGCAGAAGCUGGAACAGCAACUGUCGUUGAUGGAUCUACAGCAGAACAGAUAACUACUGUGGUAACACCAACAGGUGACAUGACUACUGCAGAAGAUGGAACAGCAACUUCAGUUGAUGGGACUACAGUAGGACUGAUAAGUACUAUAGGAACACAAACAGGUGACAUAAUGACGACAGAAGAUGGAACAGCAACUGCAGUUUAUGAAACUACAGAAGGACCGUUAACUACUGCAGCAACAACAAGUGACAUAACUGCUGAAUAUGGAACAGCAACUGCAGUUGAUGGAACUACAUUAGGACAGAUAACUACUGUAGAACAACAAACAGGUGAAAUAACGACUGCAGAAGAUGGAACAGCAACUGUCGUUGAUGGAUCUACAGCGGGACAGAUAACUUCUGUAGGAACACAAACAGGUGACAUUACUACUGCAGAAGAUGGAACAGCAACUCUCGUUGAUGGAUCUACAGCAGAACAGAUAACUACUGUGGUAACACCAACAGGUGACAUGACUACUGCAGAAGAUGGAACAGCAACUUCAGUUGAUGGGACUACAGUAGGACUGAUAAGUACUAUAGGAACACAAACAGGUGACAUAAUGACGACAGAAGAUGGAACAGCAACUGUAGUUUAUGAAACUACAGAAGGACUGUUAACUACUGCAGCAAGAACAAGUGACAUAACUGCUGAAUAUGGAACAGCAACUGCAGUUGAUGGAACUACAUUAGGACAGAUAACUACUGUAGGAACACAAACAGGUGACAUAACUGCAGAAGAUGGAACAUCAACUGUCGUUGAUGGAUCUACAGCAGAACAGAUAACUACUGUGGUAACACCAACAGGUGACAUGACUACUGCAGAAGAUGGAACAGCAACUCCAGUUGAUGGGACUACAGUAGGACUGAUAAGUACUAUAGGAACACAAACAGAUGACAUGAUUACAACACAAGAUGAAACAGCAACUGCAGUUUAUGAAACUACUGCAGGACUGUUAAUUACUGCAACAACAUCAACAAGUGACAUAACUUCUGAAUAUGGAACAGCAACUGCAGUUGAUGGAACUACAUUAGAACAGAUAACUACUGUAGGAACACAAACAGGUGACAUGACGACUGAUGAAGAUGGAACAGCAACUGUCAUUGGUGGAUCUACAGCAGGACAGAUUACUACUGUGGUAACACAAACAGAUGACAUAACUACUGCAGAAGAGGGAACAGCAACUCCAGUUGAUGGGACUACAGUAGUACUGAUAACUACUGCAGGAACACAAACAGGUGACCUAACUACUGCAAAAGAUGGAACAACAACUUCAGUUGAUGAGACUACCGUAGAACUGAUAACUACUGCAGGAACACAAACAGGUGACAUUACUACUGCAGAAGAGGGAACAGCAACUCCAGUUUAUGGAACUACAGCAGGAGAGGUAACUACUGCAGGAACACAAACAGGUGACAUAACAACUGUAGAAGAUGGAACAGCAACUCCAGUUGAUGGGACUACCGUAGAAAUGAUAACUACUGCAGGAACACAAACAGGUGACAUUACUACUGCAGAAGAGGGAACAGCAACUCCAGUUUAUGGAACUACAGCAGGAGAGGUAACUACUGCAGGAACACAAACAGGUGACAUAACAACUACUGAAGAUGGAAUAACAACUGCACUUGAUGGAACUACAGCAGGACAGAUAACUACUGCAGGAACACAAACAGGUGACAUAACGACCGCAGGAGAUGGAACAGCAACUCCAGUUGAUGAGACUACAGUAGGACUGUUUACUACUGUAGGAACACAAACAGGUGACAUUACUACUGCAGAAGAGGGAACAGCAAGUCCAGUUUAUGGAACUACAGCAGAAGAGGUAACUACUGCAGGAACACAAACAGGUGACAUAACAACUGUAGAAGAUGGAACAGCAACUCCAGUUGAUGGGACUACCGUAGAACUGAUAACUACUGCAGGAACACAAACAGGUGACAUUACUACUGCAGAAGAGGGAACAGCAAGUCCAGUUUAUGGAACUACAGCAGGAGAGGUAACUACUACAGGAACACAAACAGGUGACAUAACAACUGUAGAAGAUGGAACAGCAACUUCAGUUGAUGGGACUACCGAAGGACUGAAAACUACUUUAGGAACACAAACAGGUGACAUAACAACUACUGAAGAUGGAAUAACAACUGCACUUGAUGGAACUACAGCAGGACAGAUAACUACUGUAGGAACACAAACAGGUGACAUAACGACCGCAGGAGAUGGAACAGCAACUCCAGUUGAUGAGACUACAGUAGGACUGUUUACUACUGUAGGAACACAAACAGGUGACAUAACAACUGAAGAAGAAGGAACAGCAACUAUCAUUGAUGGGUCUACAGCAGGGCAGAUAACUACUGUGGUAACACAAACAGAUGACAUAACGACUGCAGGAGAUGGAACAGCAACUCCAGUUUAUGGAACUACAGCAGGACAGAUAACUACUGCAGGAACGCAAACAGGCGACGUAACAACUGCAGAAGAUGGAACAUUGACUACAGUAGGACUGAUGAUGACUACUCUAGGAACACCAACAGGUCAAAUAACGACCGCAGAAGUUGGAACAGCAACUGGUCUUGAUGAAACUACAACAGGACUCAUAACUACUGUGGCAACACAAACAGUGACAACACAAAUUGAUGGAACAACAGCAGGGUUGACAAGUGUUACAGGACCAAAAACAGAUGAUAUCACAACCAGGGAAAUUGGUACAACACAAGAAGAUACAACAAGAGCAGGAUUGACAACUUCUGUUGGAACACUAACAGUUGACUUGACAACCUCAGAAGCUGCAACAACACAGGUUGAUGGAACUACAGCAAGAUUGACAACCGUCGUCGGACCUACAACAGAUGAUGUCACAACCAGAGAAGCAGAUGCUACUACAGCAGGAUUGACAACUGCUAUAAGAACACCAACGGUUGAUGUCACAACCAUUAAGGCUGCAACAACACAAGUUGAUGGAACUACAGCAAGAUUGACAACCAUCGUCGGACCUACAACAGAUGAUGUCACAACCAGAGAAGUUGUCACAACACAAGCAGAUGCUACUACAGCGGGAUUGACAACUUCUCUAACAGUUGAUGUGACAACCUCAGAAGCUGCAACAACACAGGUUGAUGGAACUACAGCAAGAUUGACAACUGACGUAGGACCUUUAACAGAUGGUGUCACAACUACAGAAGUUGUCACAACACAAGCAGAUGCUACUACAGCAGGAUUGACAACUGCUAUAAGAACACCAACGGUUGAUGUCACAACCAUUAAAGCUGCAACAACACAAGUUGAUGGAACUACAGCAGGAUUGACAACUGAUGCAACAACCACUGAAACUGCAACAACACAAGUUGAUGGAACUACAGCAGGUUUGACUGAUGCUGUUACAGCUUCACGACCACCUGUCUCUGCCGACAAGACCCUCCGCAUGGAGAUCUUAGUACCUGAUGAAAACCAAGAUGUGAAUGACAAGGAUUUUAUCUCCAAAAUGGAAAACGGCCUGGAGAAACUUUAUCUGGAUGGCAAACAAAACGUCAACCGAAAGCGAAGGUCCUUAAGUUUGGCAGACGAAAUCGGAGAACUGGAGAACGCAGAGUACAUACGUUCUGGGAGACAUCGAAGAGCAACGGAAUCUGUUGACGUUGUUAUAAGAUACAUUCAGAGGUCUGCAUCAAAUCCUGCAAAUGUCGACGUUGAGUUCUAUGUGUCUGAGAACGGAACCGUUGAGGAGCCAACUGCGGCGAGCGAAGUCUUCUCGACACUCACUCCGGCAGCGAUGAGUGCUGAGCUGGGUGUUGAGGUCACCACAUUGCCGGAACCCGUGGUUCCCCCGGUCCCCGCCACACCGACGCCGGACCACCCUUACGUCGUCCCCAAUGCCCAAGCUGAGGACAUGCUCGAAGUGGUCUUGGUCGUAUCAUAUGCUGAGUACAGCAAGCCCACAUUCAAGACAGACAUCAGGAAUCGACUGGAGGCGUUGUACUUGGAGGGAAGCAGCCGGCGUAGGAGGAGAAGUGCUGCCGAAAAAGGUUCUGCCCGUGUUGAUGUACAUGCAAUCAAAAGAGACAGCAACCCAAGUCUUGAGAGAAGGAGAUUUGCUCGGCGCCUCGGGGCAUGGAAAACAACUGCGGUAGACCACAGCCGUCAUAGACGCCAGUCCACAGACCCAGGAAACGUCAUAGAUGUCGUGGAAUAUCAAGUUUUGAGGUCAGGGCAGGACGUGACUUUCACGUUCUAUGUCAUCAACAAGGACAAAGUCAUACCGGGGCCCCAGGCUCUGGCAGUCUUCGAAAAGUUCACCUUACAACGACUCUCGCUGACUCUGGGAUUUGAGGUACAAGAGCCAGGUGUGGUCCUGUUCUCAACUGGUCAAGACUAUACUCUCUGGAUUAUCAUAGUCUCCGUUCUGAGUGGCAUUCUGGCUAUUAUUGCAAUCAUCUUCAUCAUCUACUGGAUCUGCCUGUGCCAGCGCAAGGCUGCCAGGUCCAAAGUCAUUGAAAUGAAUACGAUGGAAAGAGCCACAGGCACUUCCUCAGAGUUUGGCCGGCUGCGAGAGGACCUAGCGAAGGGGGAGGUCAUCGUCGAGGAAACCUCGCUGGACAAGCGUCUGCCCGUCAAGAACACGGCCAAUGGGACCGUCCCGGACAGACGAAGAGAAAACGGAGCCGUACAGGUACAGAGAAGAGCGCCCACGUCCAAGAGAAAAGAUGCAAAGAGAGAAGACCAAGAUAGUGAUAGUAAUGCAUCGGAAGGAUCCAUGUCGGAGCAGGAAGAGCCACUGUUUAGUCACGUGCCAACCAUGCCAAAAGGCGGGAGGCAGUUACCCAAACCGCCUCCAGUCCGGUUCCGGAAUUCCGUCUACCCCGACACGCACGCCGGACUGCCUCCGCUGAAGUCGAGGCCGCUGGUAGCCGAGUAUGAUAGUGACAGUGAACCAGUGGGCCCGAUUAUCCCACAGGCGUGGUACGGAGACCUCGAGAGAGGUGGGCCGUAUCAGCUCAGCUCAGACUAUGAGAAGAUGAAACAGAAGUCUCUAGAGAGAGACAAGAGAAGGUCACUGCGAAAAGAGAAGAAGCUACAGGACCAACUCAGCAAAGAGCUACAUGAAAAGGAAGACAGAGACAAAAGGAAAAAGAAACGCCUGGAACAAGAUGCUGUCAAAGAAGAUGCCAAUCCUACUUCAAGGAACAUCAAGAGGUCUCGGAGCGGUCGUUGGAAAACGGACGGACUGCCGUCGACGGAAAUACCAAAUAAGAAGAAGAAAUCCAAGAAACAGAAAGUCUCCAAGCACAAAGUCGGAGUUGCACCCGUUGAAGAAGUCAUUGCCUCCUCCCGAACAGCACCUCUACAGUCAUCGGCCGGUUUGACCUUUGACACCACGAGUGGUAAACUGGGUCGAACUGCAGAGGACAUGAGGGCUGAGAUGGCUAUGUUGCUAGGCAACCAACCUCCAGUCAAUAAUGCCAAGUAUGGAUACCGGCCAACGGAGCCAGCUCAAUACCAUAAGCUGACACCAGAGGAACUUCUCUUAGAACAGCAGCAGCAGCAACAGCGUGACUUAGAGAUCAAGCGGCGCUGGGCCGUGGAACGCAAUCACCUCUCCCGCAUGCUCGACGACGCCUUCAGUCUCAAGAUGUCCUCCCUCAACUUACCUGCCACCCCUGGCCCGCCUUACCCGGCCUACCAACCUGGACAAGACAGACCGAUCCAGGAUGUGUACAUGCAACCUGAAGAUCUAGAACCCAGACCCACAACUUCCUAUUCUGCACAAGGGUACCCUCCAAGCUCCAGCCUCUCUGCGAAUCCAUUCAGCACCCUGCCUGGAUACACGGACAGACUUUCAUUCCGGAACCCCCCACCCAUACCUCCCCCACAGGGGUACCAGUCAUUACCCACCACUGGGUACACCCCGGCUAAUCAAACAUCCCCCUACAAUAGUCUGAGAGAAUCCUCUGAACUACCAAGAUACACCGGUCAGCCAGCAUACCACACAAACCCAGCCUUGUACACACAUCAAUCACCCAGAAGCGUCGACUCGAGAGGUCCUUACGGGCUCUACGGGGAGAGUCUUCAAAACUACAGUGAUCUGUCUGACAAGCAUAGACACAGCUCUAAGAGACAUGGUAGUAAGCGCAGGGAUGAGCACGGUACCUCUAGGAGGGGUGAGGGGUUGGAAGGCGUCACCCCAAGUAGGGAAGAAGAAUUGAGGGUACUAAGACAAGACAAUGAUACUAUGCAGAAGCAGCUGAUGGAACAAAAACGAGACCUGGAACAAGCGUUGGCUGCCGUGGGCCAACCUCGGACAGAUAUAGUCUAGCUGGGGAGGGGGCCAAAACCUCAGUGUUGUAGUGGAGGUACUCGUGAUUGUUCACAUGAGUCAUCACAAGCCCAUCACAAUCCAAUCACAAGUCAUAAUACCGGUAAGUCAUUACUAGUAAUUAGUAAAUCACAAACUAUUCAGUCCCAGGUGAACUCACAUGCUAUUGGAAUUAUAAUUAAACAUUUCUGGUGAUGAAACCAAGGAAUCCUCAAAAGCGCCCCAGGCACUGUAGCUCGCAAGCCUGAAGGAAACUGUAAAGAGAAGACAAUGAGAAGAAAUUAAAGUUUUAG